UCCCUACAACGAGACCCUUCCAUCUUAUGGCUAUGACCUGGAGCACCCAGACGAGCACCAGCCUCGUCACGACACGCUUUCCUUCUCCGGAUCCCCGUCCUCCUCGCCACGACUCUGCUCUCAGAGCCGGAGCAGCCGUGACACCCAGUCCUCCGGCUCCCUGGAGUCCACACUGUCGGUGGAGUCGGAUCAGGAGAAGGGGCUGGAGAUGAGAAAGUGGGUUCUGUCAGGAAUCCUGGCCAGUGAGGAGACUUAUCUCAGCCACCUGGAGGCCCUACUGAUACCCAUGAAGCCUCUGAGGGCCGCAGCUACAACUUCCCAACCAAUGCUGACCAUCCAGCAGAUAGAGACCAUCUUCUUCAAUGUGCCAGAGCUUCAUGAGAUCCACAAGGACUUCUUUGACGCUCUGCUGCCCCGGGUCCAGGACUGGGGCCACCAGCAGUGUGUGGGCGACCUCUUCCAGAAGCUGGCGAGUCAGCUUGGAGUGUACCGGGCCUUUGUGGAUAACUACGAGGUUGCUGUGGAGAUGGCUGACAAGUGCUGCCAGGCAAAUGCUCAGUUUGCAGAGAUAUCUGAGAAUCUCAAAGUCAAAAGCACAAAGGACUGCAAAGACCAGUCGGCUAAAAAUUCACUGGAAACUCUUCUCUACAAACCUGUGGACAGAGUGACGCGCAGCACGCUCGUUCUGCAUGACCUCCUGAAGCACACACCCUACAGCCACCCGGACUAUCCGCUGUUACAGGACGCCCUGCGCAUCUCUCAGAACUUUCUGUCCAGUAUAAAUGAAGAGAUCACCCCACGUAGACAGUCCAUGACAGUUAAGAAGGGAGAGAACCGUCAGCUGCUCAGGGAUCGCUUCAUGGUGGAACUGGUCGAAGGUUCCAGGAAACUCCGUCACGUCUUCCUUUUCACCGACCUGCUGCUGUGCACCAAGCUGAAGAAACAGGCUGCGGGAAAAGGACAGCAGUAUGACUGUAAGUGGUACAUCCCACUGGCCGACCUGACCUUCCAGACCAUCGAGGACUGCGAGUCCACCCCCAUCCCUCUGGUCCAGGAUGAGGAGAUUGACGCCAUUAAGAUCAAAAUCUCCCAGAUCAAGAACGAGAUCCAAAGAGAGAAGAGAACCACCAAAGGACCCAAGGCGAUCGAGCGACUGAAGAAGAAGUUAUCAGAACAAGAGUCUCUGCUGCUUCUCAUGUCCCCCAACAUGGCGUUCAGAGUGGCCAACAGAAACGGAAAGGGUUUCACCUUUCUCAUCUCUUCUGACUAUGAGCGUGCCGAGUGGAGGGAGAUCGUUCGCGAGCAGCAGAAGAAGUGCUUUAAAAGCUUUUCUCUGAGCUCUCUGGAGCUGCAGAUGCUUACCAACUCAUGUGUGAAACUCCAGACUGUUCACACGAUUCCAAUGACCAUGAAUAAGGAAGAUGAUGAAUCUCCCGGUUUGUACGGCUUCCUAAAUGUCAUCGUCCACUCCGCAUCAGGGCUGAAACACAGCUUAAACCUUUACUGCUCCCUGGAGGUGGAUUCCUUCGGCUACUUUGUCAACAAAGCCAAAACACGUGUGUACAGAGACUCUACAGAGCCCAACUGGAACGAGGAGUUUGAGAUUGAACUGGAGGGCUCUCAAACUUUGAGGCUGCUCUGCUAUGAGAAGUGCAAAGAGGACGGAGAGAUCACAGACAAGAUCCUGGCCAAAGGACAAAUCAAGCUGGAUCCUCAGACAUUGCAAAAUAAAGACUGGCAGAGGACCGUCAUCGCCAUGAAUGGGAUUGAGGUGAAGCUUUCGAUGAAGUUCACCAGCCGAGAGUUCAGUCUGAAGCGAAUGCCUUCACGGAAACAGUCUGGCGUCUUUGGAGUGAAGAUCAACAUAGUAACUAAGCGAGAACGCUCCAAGGUUCCCCUCAUUGUGAGACAGUGUGUGGAGGAAAUUGAGCGACGGGGGAUGGACGAGGUGGGAAUCUACAGAGUGUCUGGCGUCGCAACUGAUAUCCAGGCACUGAAGGCUGACUUUGAUUCAAACAACAGAGACGUGUCUGUCAUGAUGAGGGAGAUGGACGUGAACGCCAUCGCUGGAACACUGAAGCUGUAUUUCCGCGAGCUACCCGAGCCUCUUUUCACUGAUGAGUUGUACCCCAACUUUGCUGGAGGCAUCGCUCUCUCUGACAGUGUGGCCAAGGAGAGCUGCAUGCUCAACCUGUUGCUGUCUCUGCCAGAGCCCAAUCUGGUCACCUUCGUCUUCCUGCUCGACCACCUUAAAAGGGUGGCUGAAAAUGAGAGCAUCAACAAGAUGUCUCUGCACAAUCUGGCCACCGUUUUUGGUCCCACUUUGCUGCGGCCCUCUGAAAAAGACAGCAAAAUCUCCAACAGCUCACAGCCAAUCUCCAUGAACGACAGCUGGUCUCUAGAGGUCAUGUCUCAGGUGCAAGUCCUUCUUUACUUCCUUCAGCUGGAGAGCAUUCCAACACCUGACAGCAAACGUCAAAGCCUUCUCUUCUCUACCGAAGUAUAAGAACAUCAUGCACUUGUCUGUAAAUGUUCUGUUCAGAGGCAGAAUGUCUGCUGCCUAAUGAGGUGGAUGCUGCUGAGCAGCCGGGACUCGGAGGACGCUUUAUUUAGCCACUAGGUGGAACCAUCAAUGCAUUGUAAACUGUUAAAGAGCCCACACCCAAAGCCAUUCCUUUCAGAGAUGUGAUGACCACGUAUGUUCUGUUUAUUUACAAGCUCGCCUGCUGUGUCAGUAAAAGACAUACCAUUAUGAUGUAUAGACAUUUUUUUUUAAUUUAAUUUAAAUAUCAAGGAGCAUUAUUUACUGUACUUUGAUAUUUGACACCGCCCUGUUCUGUCACUGUGCACAUCAGCUCUGUAUUCACAGACAGGGAUUUGUGCUGGAUUUGGAUUUUGUAAGAUUUGUUUCUGUAAUGGAUACUAGAUGAAUGGUUAGAUGAAUGGACAUAUAUUUUUCAUGUCUAUACAUGUUUGUUUUCCCCCCAGAAACGUUUGUCUUGGUUGAGAGCUCACCUGUGCCAAUGUUUCCUUGCUGAUGAUGACCAAUAGAACAUUUCAGUUACCCUAAUGUUUACACACACUCUUAAUUUGUACAGAGACUGAAAACUGUAGUUUACACAGAGCAACAUGCAGGCAUGUUGACCUACCCAUUUGAAGUGUGUGCUAUACAAUUUGUAUGGUUCUUCUGGUGGUGUCCGAGCCAACGUUCAUGUAGUGUUUUUUUUUUUGGAAGUGGUACAGAGAAGUGAAAGGCAAAUCAUUCCAGGGGGAUUAGGCGAGACCUAAUCCUUCCACCCAUGGAAUGUAUACUGUGCUGUGUAGAAUUUUAAAUCACAGUUGUCUUUUGUCUGUAUUUCAUAUGUUUUUUGUCCAUAUUGGGGGUUUUUUCUGUUCAUGUUGUUGCUUCCAGCAUUCCUUUUCUUUAGUCUACCUAUAUAGGACAAAACCACACUGCUGUAGAAAUAAGAGCAUCAUCUCAAACACCAGAUGUUCCCUAGUGGGGCCCUUGAAGCAUAGUGAUUCAUUCAUAUCCAAUUUCUCCUGGCUUAUUCAUAGGUUUAUCAUAGACAUAGCUAUUAUUACUUACUGAAAAUACACUGUGUUCUUGCAUUCAUAUUUUUUUCACAAAUCACUACAAGCAUUCAAACACUUGUUAGCACAAAGUAUAACCCUACAGGCUUGUGAUUUAUGUAAAGUAAGCAAUAACUCUUAGUGAUUCCUAGGAUGAGACUAGUGGGGAGUGUAUGUAUGAUUUAUGUAAAUAAACACUUGGUAACAUUAA